AUGUCACUUGAAUCUUCGGCUCGUGAUUCCAUCCCUACAACACCCAAACAUGUUGGAGUUAAACGCUUGUGCUCUGAACCCCCAACUCCGAGUCCAACCAAAUCAGGCAUACUCUCAGAUGACGAGGAAGGCCCCAACACAGAAGGACAUGCCCCUCGCAAAAAAAAACUUCAUCUUUUCCGGUGUCUCAAACUCUGUAACAAUCCCAACGACCCUUUCAAAUACAUAAGAAUUGAACACAUCAAGAGAAUCCAAAGCUCCAAGGGGGAGACUGGCGAUGAUAGCGAGGAUGGCGAGCCUGAGGAGCAUGACGGCAGUAGUAGUGUCAAAGAAGAAGUCCGUAAGGCUCAGAAGGGUAAGAAACGCACUGCAUCAAAAGAGAAAAAACGGUUCUUACGAGAAGAAAUCAUGAAGGCAAGGAAGACCACAGCAACAGCAGGAACCAUGGCGAGGAAGCACAAGGAGACUGAAUCACAGGAACCUGACACAGCUGAACAUGGUUCAUCGCAGACUAAACGUGUGAAGGGUGCACAUUCGAGCAACUUGCAAGCUGACUGGAAGAAAAUCGUGGGGAUGACAACAAAAUCGGUGAGGUACAGUUCGAUUAGAGUUUCGGAUGAAGAACUUGUACCUGCAGCCUCGGAGACAUGUUCCCGUUCAAUGUCGGGUGCAUCAUCACGCAGCACUAUGAGUCGUGCGACCACACCGACAUUUGAAGAAGACGGAGAUGGAGAGUUUGACCACGAUGAGACACCAGAGUCACUGGCUGCGACUCGAAAGCAUAAGGGCAGCAACCCCAAACUGCCAAAGAAAAUUGAUGCCACGGGAACGAAGUCAGCGGGAGUCACUGCUAAUAUGGGCUUGACAUUGACGCAAAAGGGAGCUGAUGAUGCUGUGGUGGAAGAAAUAAGACACUCAGAAGAUAAAUCAAAGCCACUCAAAAAGUUAAAGCUUGAAGACCUACCUUUUGUCGAUAAGAAGGACAAUGAGAUAUGGGCUCGAUUGAUCUGUGCGCUGAUCAAUUGGGCUGGGACGACUACUGAUCCCUUCGGUACGAAUGAACACCCAGAGGUCUCUGGCAAGCUGCAGGAACUGUGGGAUGUUCUCUUCGCGCACAACAAGAUCGAUGUUGCGAAGUGUCCUGCUAUCAAAAAAGUGGCAACGGACCGGCUGAAUGAGUGGUGGAGUAUGCUUGGGAAAAAUGCCAUCAAGAUUCUCGAACGCAAACUCAAAAAAGCAGAAUAUCGACUUGACACCAACGCUCGUAUCAAAUUCGUCCAAGAUCGCCUGCCUCAAAAAAUAGAUGGUCAAAAACGCGUGCCAUUCAUUUACACUGAUCAUGAGGGUCUGAAAGGAUCGUGGUUGGCUCCCGUGCUCCUGGAGUUACUUGCGGCACAUGCGAGGCAUUGUGGAACAUCGUUUCAAGCAUUUGGGAAACCUGCAGGUGCAUUAGGGGUUUGUGCAGCUGCGGCGCACCGCGUGCUAUUUUUGUACAAAGAUGGGGAUUCUGCGAAAGAAGCUGCCAAGGACGCGAAGCGUGCCGGUCUCCCUUCCCAGCCCAUGAAAAACCUCUCCUUCGAUGCAGCAUGGGGCAGUGUCGCUAUGCAGUACUCCCUGCAGACAGCUCAACUCCCAGAUAAAAAGUGGGAUCAGAUUGUGGAUGGGAUGUGGGAGCUCGUAGGUGAAGACUCUCUUGUCCGUCAUGUCCAUGUUGCCUCGGAUGACGAUUCCAUGGAUGUUCAUAAUGCCAUUCCCCUCUCGGACAACGACAAAGAGAAUUCUUAG